AAUUAGCUCGUUUCAAUGGCUGUCAACUCGCCGGCGACUUCGCAACGCCAGGACGAAUCUGCCGACAAUGUGUCUUUCGAGGAUUACGUCGGUGUGCUGUGCUACCAUAGUGAUACGCGAUGUGGCUUGGUGGACUACCCAAACAAGGGCCUGUGGUUGCCCCACAAGGAGAUCGUGCCCGGCGAAAGCUGGGACUCUGCGAUGGAGACCUUGCUGCGAGACUUGUCGAUCAGGUCGUUCACCAAUCAGGGCAUCAUACAAGUGUUGCGGAUACAACCAGCUCUUCACCGGCCGUUCUUCACGAGGGUCAUCUUCGCAGUACGGGUCAACGAGCAGACAGAACAUCCCUCCGACGAAGCGCUGGCAAAACAGGUGCACAUGCAAUGGGUGUCAGCCGAGGAGAUCCAGCGCAUGGUGAAGCUGCGGCCGUUGCCAUUCCUAGGGGUGGAGCCCGCUGAGCUUUGCAAGCUGCUGCUGCAGAACCGGCAGCCACCUGUGCCGUGCGAGUUUCUCGAGAUGAACGCCAGCACGCCGCUGACGGCACAGGGCACGCCUACACGCCCCAAUGUGCCCGCCCGAGAGUCCCAAAUCGAGCAGAUGCUGGAGUCGGCAAAGUUUGGUCAACAAGAGCAAGAUGCCGUGCGCUUUGACUUCUUCAAGUUUACAAAGCCCAGCACAUACAUGAAUGAAGCAAUAUUCCAGAAGUACGUCACUGGCCUAGGUUGGGAAACGUCAACACAGCUGUCUGACCUGUUCAGAGCGAUGGACGUGCACAACCGUGGGGCGCUGACCUUCAAGGAGCUGGUGCUUGGGCUGGCAGCCAUGGAACCGGGAACACAGCAUGGCGGCAACCCUGGCGAGCAGCGCUGUCGUCACAUCUUUCGCCUCUAUGACACCAACUGUGAUGGCAUCAUGGAGUAUUCAGAGUUCAGAAAGAUGGUCAAGGACAUCCAAAUCAUGAGAGGGAUCACCAUGGAUGAGGCUGCCCUGGACAAGUUCACUGCUACAAGUGCAGUGAGCUUUAACUUGCCGAACGGUGGACAGCUGCCGCUGAAUGAGUUCCUCCUGGCCGUUGGGCAGCUCAAGUUCAGGGGGACCUCGCUGCUGUUCCGGUCAUCGUCUUCGGUGUUGCCCACGCUCAAAAAGAAGUACACGCAGGAAUCGCUCAUCGAGCCCACCACUAAGAGGUCCAAAAUGUUCCAUCCAACCAUUGGCAACGACAACAUGGACCAAAGUGCUGUGUCGGCCAUAGAAGACUCGGCAUCAGCCGAAGCUACCAGCCGGUUCCCUUCCCACGUCGGUCACUACGAGUUGGCGACUCACUCUGUGAAGGUGCGUCGUACCGGCACCCUUGUGGAUGUUCUCUCACUUUGGCAACUUGAGGGCACGGCUGCCCUCACAAAAAGUUCUCGACUGGGUGAGAAGACGCGGUUUGAGAGGCUGCCCUCAAUGGAUUCGUUCAACCAAAAGUCCCAUGCCAAUGAGAUGCUGGCGGGGCUGCGGUACUUUGAGCGGGCCAUCCGCAAGGACAACCCGGAGGGACGUCCUGGAGGGGGUCGCAUGUCCAAGGACGCCUUCAGCUGGGGUGAGGUGGACCGGCAGGCCCUUGCACGCUGUCUGCUUGCCAUGUGCCGGCAGACGCGCGACAUCAUGUUCACUGAGUCGCGACUGCUGAAGCUCAGCGUACCGACCUACAUUCUGGGUGACAUCCAUGGCAAUUACCGGGACCUGGUGUGCUUUGAGAAGGCGCUCUGGCGAAUGGGGCCUGUGCUGACGCCAGCCAACUUCCUCUUCCUCGGUGAUUACGUUGACCGAGGAGAGCACGGUGUGGAGGUCAUUGCACACCUGUUUGCCCAGAAGAUACUGGCGCCCGACAAAUUUUUUCUCCUCAGAGGCAACCAUGAGGUGCGAAGCGUGCAGAAGAUGUUCACCUUCUACACUGAGUGUGUGAACAAGUUUGGAGACCGUGUCGGCGUGGAAGUCUGGGAGCAGAUAAAUGCCUGCUUUGACGUCAUGCCGAUAGCUGCUGUGGUGGACACAAAGGUAUUCUGCGUGCAUGGAGGCAUCCCUCCUCCAUGGCUUGGUGGUGGCUACCUAGCUGCGAUAAACCAGAUACCAAAACCACUGAACGAUCCCGAAAGCCAGUCUUCACUUGCCUGGGAACUGAUGUGGAGUGACCCCAUUUCCACUGAAGCAGACCAGCAGAGGGACUUUGUGCCCAACAUGAAGCGAGGCACAGCACACAUGUUCAGUGCAGAGGCCCUCGAGGAGUUCCUCACCCGCAACGAGCUCUCACACGUCGUUCGGGCACACGAGGUCCAGCAGGCUGGAUUUCAGGUGCAGCAGAAAGGCAAGUUGCUGACCGUCUUCUCGUCGUCGCACUACUGCGGCGGGUCCAACGAGGCGGCCUGCAUCUUGGCAGACCGGCAGAAAUUGAGGACGAUUCGACUGGACACUACCUGAGUGCCACCCAUGCACCUCUGCUCUCAUAAUUUGCCUCCAUUCCCUUCUCUGACUGCUCGUGUACGGAAGUGCAAUGGACAAGUUCAGUGUACAGGGCUUGAGCUGUUAUUUUCAUACUACAUGCACUGCAUUGCUGGCAUAUGCGUGUGAUUUUCAAACUGUGUACAAAUGAGAUAAAGCUGCUUUGCUUGUUCCUUUUUUUACACAUC